ACGUUUGUACUGUGACCAUACAUUAGGUCGUAAAAUAAGUUCUUGAUACGACCACCAUGUUCAACAAGUUUUCACCGUCUACUGACGUGACGGGCCAAACACCUCCCAAAUCUUCUGUACAGCGAUCCAUCAGAGCAGCCAUACUCUCGCAAUGCAAGAUAGGAGCCGAAACACUCGAGCAGAUAUGGCCGAAGAAGGAGUCGUUGAUCCACGUUAAAUGCAGAAACCAUAUCUCGAUAUACACUAUCCAUGGCGAACCACUGUUUUUCCAACAAUCAGACGGGCCGAUCUACCCUACCCUACGACUACUUCACAAGUAUCCGUUUAUACUGCCCAGGGUAGGCAUUGAUCGGGGGGCGAUACGUUUCCUUCUAUCCGGUGCCAAUAUGAUGUGCCCUGGUUUAACAUCUGCUGGAGGUUAUCUUCCACCGCCGGAGAAUGCUCUGCCUGCAGGGACGCCUGUGGCUGUCUUCGCUGAGGGAAAGGAACAUGCGGUCGCUGUUGGAAUCACGAAGCUGGGAACCGAAGAAAUGCGGAAGGUCAAUAAGGACAUUGGGGUGGAGAUCGUAACACAUUUGGGUGAUGAGUUAUGGAAUCAGCAGACGUUGUAGGGACCUGUACUACUCCACAUUUCAUCAAACCAGUAGGC